AGGUGCAUUUGGACCUAUAAAUACAUGUCUGAGUAAGAGUUGAAUAUCAUAAGCCAAAGGAGGAAAGUAUGGCUUUCUCUUGUCAAUUACUUGUUCACUUUGGCUUAUUGAUUAUCAUCCUUCACCACCUUCAACUACACUUUCUCUUCAUUGGUGUAUCAGCAGCCACUUUAAGCAUCACCACUGACACAGAAGCCUUGAUCUCAUUCAAGUCUCAACUGAGAAAUGACACUCUUACUCCCUUAUCUUCUUGGAACCAAAGUUCAUCCCCUUGUAAUUGGACUGGUGUCCAAUGUGACAGCCUUAACCAAAGGGUAAUUUCCUUGGAACUUCCAAGCUUGGGACUCUCAGGUCAAUUAAGUCCUUAUAUCUGUAACCUCUCCUCUCUUCAGUCCCUCCAAUUGCAGGAUAACCAACUCACUGGACUCAUUCCUGAUCAAAUUGGCAACCUAUUCAGUUUGAGAGUUCUAAAUAUGAGCUCUAACACGUUAGAAGGAAAUCUUCCUUCCAACAUCACCCGCUUGAAUCAGCUCCAGAUUCUUGAUCUAUCCUCAAACAAGAUUGUCAGCAAGAUUCCUCAAGACAUUGGCAGCUUGAAAAAGCUUGAGGUUUUGAAGCUGGGAAAGAAUAGCCUCUAUGGUGCAAUACCAGCUUCUCUAGGAAAUAUUUCUUCUCUCAAAAAUAUCAGUUUUGGCACCAACUUUCUCACUGGUUCGAUUCCCAGUGACUUGGGUAGGCUUCAUGAUUUGAUUGAGCUUGAUCUCAUUCUUAACAAUCUCAAUGGGACCGUUCCACCUUCUGUGUAUAACUUAUCUUCCCUCGUUAACUUUGCCUUAGCUUCAAACUCUCUGGGGGGUGAGAUUCCUCAGGAUGUUGGUCUCAAACUUCCAAAACUCAUAGUGUUCAACAUCUGCUUCAAUUAUUUCACAGGUGGAAUUCCAGGGUCUUUGCACAACCUCACCAACAUUCAGGUCAUUCGCAUGGCUUCCAACUUUUUGGAAGGAACAGUGCCACCUGGUUUAGGAAAUCUCCCAUUUCUUCGCAUGUAUAAUAUUGGUUAUAAUAGGAUAGUGAGUUCAGGUGUUGGAGGUUUAGACUUCAUUACCUCUUUGACAAACAGUACUCGACUCAACUUUCUGGCAAUUGAUGGAAAUAUGCUGGAAGGUGUGAUUCCUGAAACCGUUGGCAAUCUCUCCAAGGACCUGUCAACGUUAUACAUGGGACAGAAUCGUUUCAAUGGAAGCAUACCCCGCUCCAUUGGCCUUCUUAGUGGCUUGCAGUUGUUAAACAUAAGCCACAAUUCAAUCUCUGGAGAAAUCCCACAUGAGUUAGGCCAGUUAGCGGAACUACAAGAACUAUCUCUAGCUGGAAAUGAGAUAUCAGGGGUCAUUCCAGAUUCCCUUGGUAAUCUCCUCAAGUUAAACCUGAUUGAUUUGUCAAGAAACAAAUUUGUGGGAAGAAUACCUACUAGUUUUGGGAAUUUGCAAAGUCUGCUUUACAUGGACUUAUCAAGCAACCAACUCAAUGGAAGCAUUCCUGUGGAAAUCCUCAAUCUCCCAACUUUGAGCAAUGUUUUGAACUUGUCAAUGAACUCUUUGAGUGGAGCAAUACCUCAAAUUGGAAGAUUGAGUGGUGUUGCCUCCAUUGACUUUUCUAGCAAUCAAUUGGAUGGUGACAUUCCCAGUUCAUUCAGCAAUUGUCUCAGCUUGGAAAAUUUGUUUUUGAACCGGAAUCAGCUUUCGGGUUCCAUUCCAAAGGCUCUUGGAGAAGUGAGAGCCUUGGAAACUUUGGACCUAUCCACCAACCGACUAUCUGGAGCCAUUCCUGUUGAACUUCAAAACUUACAGGUUCUUAGGUUCUUAAACCUCUCGUACAAUGAUUUAGAAGGAGCCAUUCCAAGUGGUGGAGUUUUCCAAAAUCUCUCUGCUGUACAUUUGGAAGGCAAUGAAAAUCUCUGCUUGCAAGCCCCAUGUGUAAAUCGUGGCGAAGGAAGAAGAAAUGUGAGAUAUUACAUCAUCAUAGCCGUUGCAGUAGCAUUGGUACUGUGUCUCACAGUUGGCUCAAUACUAUAUAUAAGGAGCAGAAAGGUGAAGGUAGCAACAUUAUCAUCAUCAUCAUCACCAUCUGAACAGCUAAAACCUCUUGCACCAAUGAUCUCUUAUGACGAGCUUCGUUUGGCAACUGAGGAGUUCAACCAGGAAAACUUACUAGGAGUUGGCAGCUUUGGCUCAGUUUACAAAGGCAAUCUAAGUGAUGGAACUACUGUUGCAGUGAAAAUUCUUGACACCCUAAGAACUGGUUCUCUAAAGAGUUUCUUUGCAGAAUGUGAGGCUAUGAAGAACUCGAGGCAUCGAAAUCUGGUUAAGCUUAUCACAUCAUGCUCCAGUGUUGACUUCAAAAACAAUGACUUUUGGGCUCUGGUGUAUGAGUAUAUGUGCAAUGGUAGCUUGGAAGAUUGGAUUAAGGGGAAGAGAAAGCAUGAAAAUGGAAAUGGAUUGAACCUUAUGGAGAGAUUGAACAUAGCAAUAGAUGUUGCGUGUGCACUGGACUACCUGCACAAUGAUAGUGAAAUCCCAGUUGUGCACUGUGAUUUGAAGCCUAGCAACAUUCUCUUGAACGAAGACAUGACUGCAAAGGUUGGAGAUUUUGGAUUGGCCAGGUUGCUUGUUCAAAGAUCAACCAAUCAAGUUUCCAUUAGCUCCACUCAUGCUCUUAGGGGCUCUAUUGGUUACAUACCUCCAGAAUAUGGAUGGGGAGAGAAAGUAAGUGCAGCUGGAGAUGUGUAUAGUUUUGGUAUAGUGUUGCUGGAGCUGUUCUCUGGGAAAAGUCCAACUGAUGAAUGCUUCACUGGAGGCCUAAGCAUAAGAAGAUGGAUGCAUUCAGCAUUCAAAGAGAAGACAAUGGAAGCCAUUGACCCCGAGUUGGUGUCCCUCAUUUUGAAUGACGACCCUUCAGAGGGACCAAAUAACGUACAAGUGUAUUGUGUGGAAGCAAUUGUAGGAGUAGCCAUAUCUUGCACUGCAGACAACCCAGAUGAACGCAUUGGCAUUAGAGAUGCUGUUAGUCAACUCAAAUCUUCCAGAGACUCUCUUUUGAAUCACUUUGAUCAUACUUCUGCUGCACAUACCAACUCUUACUUAAAAGUUUUACUAAAAUAAUGCUGAAAUGUUAUGAUCAGGGAAAUGUAUAACGUAAUAAUACUUUUGUUGACCAUGAAAUGAUCACAUGUUUUAGUUUGUCCAA